UAUUUUUCGCGAACAAUCUCUGUGAUUCGUGAGAAGAUGAAGUGAUUUUACUCUGCACUGAGCCUUAGCUUGUGCUUCUUUUUUUCUCGGAUUCGCGAGAAUUUUUGUUGUCGUUCUUAAUGUUUGAUUCGAUCCAUAACUGUUUGCAAUCCUGAUGUUGAUUUCUCUUAACUCUUGGCGAACUGUGAUUUGAAUCUCGUCCUGGUCUGGCUCGAUUUUCACGAUUUGAUCCCAUAUUUUCUCUGAGGAAUUUUCGCAAACACUUGUCGAAGAAAAGGGGGCUUUCGUUGGAGGAGAAGCGCGAGAAGAUGCUUCAGAUCUUUUACGACUCUCAAGACUUCUUCCUUCUAAAGGAACUUGAGAAGUUGGGGCCUAAGAAGGGUGUGAUUAGUCAGUCGGUGAAAGAUGUUAUCCAGAGUCUAGUUGAUGAUGAUCUUGUUGCAAAGGACAAGAUUGGCAUCUCCGUCUACUUUUGGAGCCUUCCCAGCUGUGCCGGCAAUCAGCUUAGGAGUGUUCGCCAGAAACUUGAAUCUGAUCUUCAGGGUAGUAAUAAAAAGCUAGCAGAACUUGUUGAUCAGUGUGAUGCUUUAAAGAAGGGAAGGGAGGAAUCCGAGGAACGAACAGAGGCUUUGGCGCAACUUCAAGAUAUUGAGAAGAAACACAAAGAGCUCAAGAACGAGAUGGUACAGUUUGCUGAUAACGAUCCAGCUACCUUAGAGGCAAUGAGGGCUGCAAUUGAAGUUGCUCACCAAUCGGCUAACAGAUGGACAGAUAACAUCUUCACAUUGCGACAAUGGUGCUCAAACAACUUCCCCCAAGCCAAGGAACAACUGGAACAUCUAUACACGGAGGCGGGAAUCACCGAGGACUUUGACUACCUAGAGCUAUCUUCAUUCCCAGUGAUCUCAUCCUCCCAUGAUCCCGAAACUCCAAAGCAGCUGCUAGUAGAAGAUCAAGCGUAGUUCUAAUACUCUCCACCGUAACGAGUUAACAACACUUACGUCUUUGUAUGUGACUGAAUCAUCUAAAUCAAAAACUCAUUUCACCGAAGUUUAGUGGUUCAAUAAGAUACUUACUGCCUCUAAUGCUUGUGGUCUAUUUGUCGGCUAUGUCCAAUGUUGGCUUUGUCCUACCAUAUCAUUGGAGUUAAUAUAAUAUAUCAUGGUUAGUUGUUGACUUCCCUUGUAAUUUGUUGACAGCUGUGUUACAACGUUAUGUUAUGCCUCGGCCGCUUUUGUU